AGCUGUAUGUUCUUGGUUAGAGAAAAUUAUAUUUUUGUUUUGGUUUAUAGCUUUUGCGCUUUUAAAGAAAUUAAAGAAAUCAUGGAAUUCGGAGAGUUACGAAAUGAUGAAAAGUUUACUAACACUGUAGGAAACUUUUCAACUGCUCUGGAUAAAAUUGAGCAGAGCCUUAAUACAGUAGUCGAGUUAAAGGAUUUCGAAGAACUUUCAGUGCAAGAAAAAGUAAAACUAGAUAAUUAUCUCGCGUACGCAAUAAAUUCGUUAUAUUGGAUGUAUGUUAAGUUGAACGGAGAUGAUCCUAACGAGCAUAACAUAAAAAAUGAACUUUCACGUGUGCGGCAAACUCUUAUUCGUGAUCAACAAAUUCAUGAACGCAAUACUAUACGUCCGGUGUUAGACAAAGCAGCUGCGGGGCGUUUUAUUAAGCAUGGAUUACAUAUACGUUUUGAUGAAAAUGGAGAACGAAUAACAGACACACGAAUUACCAAUCCAACAGGCCAAGAUGACACAAUGGAUUUGAAAAGUGAUGAGUAGAAUUUGUAUUCAUGAAAGAAUUACAAGUUUAAACGUAGUAUUUUUUUAUGAUAUAGGCUUAGAUUGAUUAAAUUUGCAUUUACAUAAUAUUGAUCAUAUAAAAUUGAAAAUAAAUCCGGGUCGUUCCGGUAAAUUAGAAC